ACAGAAAGUGACCUCCGAUCGAGCAGGCGGAUCGUGAUGACUGGACGACUGCGAGUUGUGUGCAAUUCACUGUGAGGAUCCACACCCUCUCGUUUGCGCUCGUUCGUUCCACCGCUCCUCCGCCUGGAUCCCAGCGCCAUUGAAUAAUUCUGCUCACAUCCUCGGCGCCAACGUGCUGGAUUUUAGACAAUAGCACCUGUAGGCGAUCGAGGGCCCCCACCUCACUCCCGUGCAUCAGGAAGAAGCAGCCGUCGGCAGUUUCAAUUUCUCCUUCUUUCUUUCUUUCUUUCUUUCUGGUGCAUUUGUUUAAUGCCUGAAACAGGAGAUUUUGAUCUGCAACAGUCGCUGGGCCAAGCACUACAAAAUGGUCGACGACCCGAGUCAUUCCAUCAAAGCAGUCAGCGAGCGAGUGAUAGAGUGAGACUGUGAGUGAGAAAGUGAUAGCUCGUCUCCGAGCUUCACCUUGCUUACAGCUGCCUCUGCUAGCUCCCUCUGCUUGCUGCUCGAUACCGAAUCUUCCUCCACUACAAGCUUUGCAUACAUCCCGUCGAUUGAUCCAACUUCUCGAGCAUUCAUCGACAUCUGAAUCGGUGGAAGUUUGAAUCUAUCCUUCCCUAUCCCUCCCUGCAAGAGCAAUGGCUGUCCCCAAGACCGAGGAAGUUGUCGCUGUCCCAGCUACCGUCGAGGCUGUUGUCGCACAGGCGGCUGCAGCGCCAGCGAAGCCCACUGCUGUCGAGAAGGAAGAGAAGGCCACCCCAGCUCCAGCUUCGGCUCCCAUCUCCACCACUGUCGAGCCUAGCAUCCCUGCGACCGUCGAAGAAUCCAAGCUCGUCGUAGUGGCAGACGAUGCAUCCAAGGUCGAGGAGGCAGCAGAGUGCUCGGGCUCGAGCUCUGAUCAAGAGCAGGAUAAAUCCGAGGCCACUCCAGUGGAACCCAGCAUUCCCGAGUGGAAGGAAGAGUCCAAUUUGGUAUCAGAUUUGAAGGACAGCGAGAAGAAGGCGUUGGAAGAAUUCAAGCUCAGGAUUCAGAAGGCCAUCCAGGACAGGGAAUUCUCGAGUGUCAAGAAGUUGGUCAAGGCACCCAAGGAGCCGGAAUCUGCCAAGGCACCCGAGCCUGUCGUUACCCCCGCCGAAGAGCCCAAGGAUGAAGUGGCAGCAGUCGAGACCAAAUCCGAGACUGCACCGAUUGAAGUUGGCGAAUCUUCCACUACUCCUGCACCAGCAGUGGUAGAAGAGAAGGCCAAGGAGGUCUCCACUCCCACUCCCACUCCAGCUCCAGCUCCAGCUGUGGCUGCAGUCAAGGUGGCAGAGAAGGUUGCUCCCGUCGAGCCCAAGGUCGAAGAGAAGGCACCUGUUGUCGUGGACAAGGCCGUCGUAGAGAAACUCGAGGUGAAGGCUGCUGCUCCUGCUGCUGCUGCUGCACCUGCUGCACCUGCAGUCUCAGAGAAACUCGUCGAGAAGAGCGCUGCUCCCAAAGUCGUCGAGAAAAUCGCAGAGAAGACAGCUGCAGCUGUGGUUCCAGAGAAGGCCGUCGAGAAGACUGCUGCACCCGUCGCAGGCGCACCCAAGGUCGAGGACAAAAGUGCUGCACCCGCAGUCGCAGCACCGGCUGCUGCUGCUGCUGUUGCUGUCGAGGAGUCCGUGAAGAGUGCUGAGGAGGUUCCAGUCGUCACUUCGGUGGCCGAUGUCGUCGAAGCAGUGGUCGCUCAGGCUGAUGAAGCAGCAGCUGCUGCUGUUGUUGUUGAGGGGACUGUCGAGGCCGAAGUGGAAGAAGAGUUGGAGGAUUCGACCCCACCCGAAGACCUGAACUUGUGGGGUGUACCUCUGCUUUACACCAAGGGCGAUAAGAGGACGGAUGUCGUUCUGCUCAAGUUCUUGAGGGCACGUGAGUUCAAUGUCAAGGACGCGUUCAACCAGUUGAAGAAGACCAUCAUCUGGAGGAAGACCUUCUUCGCUGACAACCUUCUCAACGAGGAGUUCGCACCCGAGCUCGAUGGAGUGGCAUACAUGCACGGCGAGACCAGAGAUGGCCACCCAGUAUGCUACAAUGUAUACGGAGCUUUCCAGGAUAAGGAGCUCUACCAGAGGACCUUCGGAGAUUCGGCCAAGCUCGCCACAUUCUUGAGAUGGAGAGUUCAGGUCCUCGAGAAGGGCAUCCAGCUUCUGAAAUUCACUCCCGAGGGACCCAGUGCUAUGGUUCAGAUCACCGACCUCAAGAAUGCUCCCGGCCCGACCAAGAAGGAUGUGAACAAAGCUGCCAAUCAGGCUGUCACCCUUCUGCAAGACAACUAUCCCGAAUUGUCCUCCAAGAGGGUCUUCAUCAAUGUUCCAAGGUAUUUCUCCGCAAUGUACGCAGUCAUCAGCCCUCUUCUUUCCAAGAGAACCAAGAGCAAGUUCGUUGUUGCUCCCGCCGGAAACACCACCGAAUGUUUGAUGAAGCUUAUCUCCGCCGACAACAUUCCAAUCCAGUACGGAGGUCUGAGCAGACUCAAUGACACAGAAUUCAGCGCCGGCUCUGCUCCCGUCCACGAGCUGUUUUUGAAGGGCGGAAAGUCUACCAGCAUCGACAUCGAAGUCACCGAGGUGGGUUCGACCGUGGUGUGGGAUCUAGCGGUGAUCGGGUACGAUGUCACGUACGGUGCUGAGUUUGUGCCAAGCGCUGAAGGUUCUUACUCGAUCAUUCUCGAGAAGAGCAAGAAGCUGCCAUCCUCAACUGAGGAGCCAGUGCGCAACAGCUUCAAAGUCACAGCGCCAGGCAAAGUGGUGCUCACCGUCUCCAACUUGUCCAGAAAGAAGAAGACCAUCAUCUACAGAUCGAUCGUGAAGGGCACGACACCUGCUGCAGUUGUCAGCGGGACCAGUUGAUUUCGGCAGGCAGUAAAUUCAGCAGCUAAUAGAUCUAUUUUAACUUCAGUGAAUGGUGACAACAGGAUCUGGAAAGAACUUCCAGCACUGGAGUGCAUUCGCAUAACAACGGAAGCUUUCCAAUGACACAUUGGGUACAUUGAAUCCCUUCUUGCCCAUGUGGCUGAAACUGUAAUUCCUCCUGUAUCACGACAACCCUUCUCCGCACAUUUUCAUCAGGAGCAGCUCAAGUGUUUCCGGGCUAACGUGCAAUUUGCAGUUGAAGGAUAUAUUGGCUGAAAAAUCUACAAUGACUUCGAACGCAGUGAGUUCGCCCGUGGGCUCUUCCUGGGCGAACAUCGACUUCUUCAAGGCAUGUGCUGGGGACAGAGAUUGCAUCGAUCAGAUCGGAGACCGAGAGAGCUAAUCAGCCCUUCGUACUCUGUCUGUCUGGUAUGGGGGGACUCUCCUCGGUUCUCUUCUCAGCAACGAUGUCAUCAUUCUACGAUUCUCUCCCCGGUCACGGCCCCUUGAAGGUUUAGCUAGAUAACUUACUGAGCAACGACACCAUGGCAGUGUAGAAUUGAGAGAACGUCUUCGUCCCUCUUCCUUUAGACCCUGAUCUGAAAACGGGUAUAAGAUGCAGAGCAUCUCGACGGUUGACUGCAGCUUGCUUUAGCAUUUAGACUUAGACUUAUGGCGCGAAGGCUAGUCCCCUUGUGACUGCCUCUCGACGCCACACAUGACAACUUGUUUGCACACGAUUCAGUGCUCAAGUUUUUGCAAAUCAGGUCAAAAGAGAAAUACAAGCUUGAUCAUG